AUGGGGGAGGAUAUUCCAAUACAGGGGGCAGGAAGAGCAAAGAAAAGUGCAGAGGUGAGAAAAAGAGAAAAUACCGACCGAGCUUUAUCAUUACUGGAAGAAUACUGCAAAAAAUUAAGGAAACCAGAGGAGCAGCAGUUGAAAAACGCUGUUAAAAAGGUGAUGGGUAUCUUUAAGAGCAACUUAUUCCAAGCUUUGCUAGAUAUUCAAGAAUUUUAUGAGAUGACAUUGCUAAAUUCUCAAAAAAGUUGUGAGCAGAAGAUAGAAGAAGCCAAUCAAGUUGCACAGAAAUGGGAGAAGACAUCCCUUCUUGCUCCAUGCCAUGAUAACCUUCAAAAGUCUGUAGAGCAAAACCAAGGCAAGUGCCCAGCCCAGAAUUGUUCAGUGGAAGCCCCUGCUUGGAUGCCUGUUCACCACUGUACUAAGUAUCGCUAUCAAGAUGAGGACACCCCACAUGAUCAUUCCUUACCUCGACUGACCCACGAAGUGAGAGGCCCUGAACUUGUGCAUGUAUCGGAAAAGAACCUGUCUCAAAUAGAAAAUGUCCAUGGAUACGUCUUGCAGUCACACAUCUCUCCUCUGAAGCAGGUGCUUUACCAGAGUUGCUGGGUCAUGUGGGCUUGGUGUCAUUUGGGAAAUCACUGA